AUGGCUCGCUAUGGCGGUCCGUAUAAACGCACUUCGUCGCCGUUCGUUCACUCGCAUCGGUGCGAUUACGUCGUUGACGCCGACAGGCGGAAGGUGUACUACCGUGCGUCUUCUGUGAGCCCUCCUCCACCGGCUGCAUACAAGCCACGCUUGAAAAAUGUUAGUGCUAUUGACUCGUGGGAGGCGUUCGAGAACGCUCUUGACGCCUACGGGAAGGGUGGCUUGGGUGGCAUAGGCGAUGAAUGCGACGCGGCGACGGCGGCGAGCGCACGCUCAGUGGAGCCGUCAAAGGACUUCUCAUACUACGACUACGAUAAACACAUUUCUUACGAGCAUGAAGACAAUACCUAUGAUUCCAUUUGGGCUGAUGACUAUGUGGGUGACCCCCCGCACGUCACCCUGGAGAAGGUGGAACCCCGCAGUCUGCUUGGCAUGCUGGGUUCCGGUCUCAACAGAGCGGACUACAUAUGGAUUCCCGGGAGCGCAGUUACGCAGUUGCAAACUACAGUGACGGGUCAUUCUCCAUGCCAAGCUGAAGAUUUCCAGGAGGCUAUUGACACGCAUGCAUCGCGUAUGACAUAUGUCGAACCGCAACUAGAAUUGCUACCCCGAGUUACAGCGCCUGCGGUCCGAGAUACGCAUGAGGAUGUUGGAUUGUCACCGACUCAGCAUGCAGAUGAAAAUGAUAAACCCAAGAGGUCUCCAGUUCGCAGCCUGUUCGGCGCGAUGCGCAAUCUCAGGCGCCGCGCCAAUAGCAUAUCGCAAGAUUCCGCCAUCAGCGGAGACACGUCCCAGGGAACAAUCCACCGCUCUGGCAGCCGUUUGGGCGAGCGCCUUCGGCAGCGCGACUUAGGUGUGCGUGGCAAAAGUGACGAUGCCACUCCAUCGGGUGAUACAACGCAACGGACCGGCAGAAAUGUAGUCCACUUAGAGGACGUCGAUGCGUCGGCCGCUGAGCUUCUGAGGGGAGUUAUACCCGGAACCACGCCAGCGCGGCAGUCACACGCAGCUGCCAGUGCCAAAACGCCGCGUCCGAAGGAUGACGUGCCACCUCCAUUUGCAAUCCCCAAAUCAAUUUUACGCAAGAUCGUGCCGAAAGAGUUCAACAUAGACGACCCACACAAAUCUAAACUCGCAGAGAAAGUGGAAGAAUCGGAUGUUACGAGAGAAGCGGCGAGGAGGCCGACAUCGCCGCCUGCUUUGACUGAGGCCUUGGAAGCCGAUGUGAUGCCGAUUGAAGCAGGCAGGGUACAUAACAUGUUCCGCAUGCGCUACGAUAUCCGUCAUGCUAGAGAUCAUAAAGUCAGAGUCAUUGGCUCUGAAAAAUCGGAAGAUGCUGCCGGGUCCACCCUGGGACCUUUACGUGACGCUGUGGGCGAAGGGCGGCAACUAUCGCGGCUAUUUAAAAAAUUACAUAAGCGUGAUCUUUCGUCAGAAAAGGUCCCGAGUAUGUCGUUGGAUAUGCCGGCCUUUGUCAUGGCUUCGAAGGCCGCAGCUCUAGCUGUAGAGAGCACUGAACAAGAACAGGGACAGGAUGAGGAGAUGCCGUCGAACAUCGAGAUCUCGAGGAUGAUAUCUUCAAAGGCGAUUGGCCAAGGAGAUGCUGAGUUCGGCAGAAAGAUGACUAUGUUGUGCUCAUUGGCUGAGGAUCGUGACGACCUCAUUGAGGACAGUGAUGGCGAGCAUCUGGCGUCCGGCGACGUAUCACCGGUGUAUGAUGAUUUGAUACGUCCCGUAGAUAUACCGGCGCCGAAAAGCAUUGCGGCUGAGCUUAUAGAGGCGUCAGAUGCCGGAAGUGUGCGCUCUGGGCGUGCUGCUAUUGAGGGCGCUGGGACGCUGCGGGAUACCCUUGAAUCCGCUCCCCUGAUAAAGCCGCCUUCCUUAUGGAUUCGGUCAAGGGAAUCUGGUAUAAUAGAAGAGAUCAUGAUGCCCAGGUCAAUGCGUGAUCCAUUCUCAGUGAUAAAACCUGACGAAGCCCCUCUUCUUUCCCCCAAAUGUUCACGUGUUUCAGUCAAGGCGGCAUCCGAAAGUGGUUCGGAGUUACCAACGAAGAUUUCACUCUCCGCCGUCUCUGUGUCGCGAGCUCCUUCCUUACAGUAUGCUGCUGGGUCUUUGCGUACCUCCAUUACUGGUGGAUCACAACAUGAUGAAUCUGUACAUUCUGGAACUACAUCCCCGCCAAUAGAGACCGAUGAACAUGUUCCCUGGGGUGCCCCUGUAGUCGAUACCCCGAUUGAUAAACCUUCUUCGAGGAGCGUGAGUUCUGUGACGCCUCCCGUGGUUGAAAGUGAAAUGGACAUUGCUGAUGUGGAUGUGCCUCUCUCUUCUAGGACAUCCUCCAAGCAGCCAUCCAUCCCAAGCUCACGAAAGUCGUCUGUGCCUCCUUCAGUCGCCGAAUCCGACUCAGCUCGGUCGGCCAGUGAGGCGAGUGCUCCCAUAGCGCGUCAAGAUGUCCCGGUUGUGCCUGCUUACCAACGGAUCUGGCGUCUGUAUACUCAUCAACCUGGCAAAAUGUCCACAGCCGGAUCCAUAUUGAGGGGCUACACCGACAGUGCACUUCGUGCCGCUGGGAGUCGGCCGAGGCCUGAAACCGCUGACCUGCUGUCGGAAUAUGUUGCCAGAACACGUCCAGAAGCGCGCGAAGACGAACAGCCCAGUGAAUCAGAGGCAACUAGCCGUGUUGCCAGCAUUGAGAAGAGCGACUCUUUAUCUCGGGGUCCUUCGUUACGUCCAUCAUCUGAAGAUUAUGGAGAUUCGCCCGAUGAUAUGACCGAGGCGCCUGGCGGAGAUCUGCUAUCGCCUCGUGAACCCUCUUCCGAAGAUCAGCCUACUUCCACUUCGGAGUCGGAAGCAGUGUCACGGCUGGGCUCUAAGGCUUUAUCAGAAACCCCAUUGGAGCCGGUGACUGAAGAGGACGCACCCGAAUCUGAACAUGAAGAUGAAAUUUUGGAUAAACCUGAAGAAACUGCUGACGUAGAGCCAUUAGCUGAAGAAGAAGCGCCCAAAUCGGAUCAUGAAGACGAAAAUUUGGAUGAACCUGAUGAACCGGUAGUCGAAGAAGAAGCACCCAAAUCGGAGCACGAAGACGAAAUUUUGGACACGCCGGAAGAGCUGGCAGAUGUGGAGCCGGUAGUCGAGGAGGAGGCACCCAAAUCGGAGCAUGAAGAUGACAUGUUGGAUAAACCGGAAGAACCGGUCAAGGUGGAACCCGAAGUUGAAGAGGACGUGGGUGCUCCAACCGAUGUUCCACCCACCCAGGAUGAUGAGCCCGCCCUCCCUGAAAAGCAGGCUGAGGAAAGUGACUCUGAGGGCAAGAAAAAGAAAAAGAAGAAAAAGAAGAAGAAACAUAAGAAAGAAAAAAUAGACAACAUAGAGGACCGCCCUCGGCCCCUCCGCCACCUGGUGGACAAGCAGCUGAAGGACGGCUUUUCAGCCACCGUCUAUAUCGUGACAUCGAAGAAGAAUGCGAUAUCGACAUUGUGUACGGUCAAGUUCGACUACGAAAAAGAUCGCUUGAUUCUGGAGACGCCCGCCAAUGUGUUCGACAUCGAUGCGUCCAAGGUGGUGGCCGAGGAAAUCCCCACGCUACCAGGCGCGCCAGUUCUACUCAAACUGACCGUCUACGGCAAGCGAUCGUCUGCCAUUGUCAUACAGAGCACUUCGGAGCGCAACCUGGACGUCCUGGGUGGCACGGUGGGCUGGGUGAAUGCCAUCCCCCACGCAGGCCAGGCCGUUGAGGCGGAGUUUGACAACGCUUUGCAAGGCGCGAGAAUUGGCGACCCCAAUCACAUGUCGGAUGCUAUGAUCGUGACCCGGCAGCACUCGGUCGAUGCGCUGAUGCCGAAGAAUGCUGGCCAACGUCCAAGUCAAGACGGAGGCAGCUCUGUACAGAAGCGCAAACAGUCAUCCCAUACGUCAACCGACUCUGCUGAAAGCCUGGGCGGCAAACCGUCUUUCUUCCGGAAAGUUACGUCGCCCACUUCGCAGCCCGAGGAUGCCGGAACGCAGAAGCGCGGCCUACUGUCGAGGAUACUGUUGCGGAAACGCAUAAACAAGGAGUCGCGGUGA